AUGCGCAUCUCUUUGUCAGACAUUGCGUGGACCGUCACGGUCCUGGCUAGCUUCCUUGCUACCGCAGAUGCCGCUCUCACACGAAUUCUCUCGCAGAAGCUGCAAUCUUCGAUCAAGACUAGCGGCCUCAUCGGAAACCUGAAGGAACUCGACAAGAUCGCCACUGCAAAUGGCGGAAACAGAGCUUUUGGUCUCCCUGGAUAUGAUGCCUCGCGUGACUAUGUCAUGUCCAGAGUCUCUGGUUCACAAAAAUGGAAAUCGUGGACGCAAGACUUGCCGGCUCUCUACAACGACGUGGUAUCCAUUUCUUUCAAAGUGGACGAUGAAGACAUCUACGUCUUUGGAUUGACAUACUCUCCUUCGACAACUCCAGAAGGGGUUACAUUGCCUCUCGUUCUUGGUCCUAACGGGACCGCCGCCUGCGAUGUUGCUGGCUACGCAGGUCUAGACGUACAAGACAAGAUUGUUCUUGUCGAACGAGGAACUUGCCCCGAAGGUGGCACACUUGCUGGAAGGAUCCGCCCUGCUGUGGCUGCUGGAGCCAGCAACGUCAUCAUUUACAACAACGUCUCCCCAAAGGUCACCGGAGGUACGCUCUCUGCUCCCGACGAAGUUGGCUAUAGAUCAAGCGGGUUCAUCAACCAGGACGACGGUCAACGAUUAAAGGCUCGACUUGAAGCAGGCGAGGAACUCAUUGCUUACUUUCAGCAAACUCAGACUGUGGAAACCCGUAUCACACAGAAUGUGAUCGCAGAGUCAAAGGGUGGUGAUCCACGAAACGUCAUCAUGCUUGGAGCUCAUUUAGAUUCUGUCAAGGCCGGUGCUGGAAUCAACGAUGACGGAUCUGGAUCGAGUCUACUGCUUGAGAUUUUCGAUGGACUCCAGCGUCUUGACUUCCGGAACAAGAUUCGUCUCGCAUGGUGGGGAGCAGAGGAGAACGGCCUCGUCGGAUCCAAAUACUACACUGCAAACAUCAACAACACUCGCGAGGCAGACGAUCUGCUUGCAUACCUCAACUUCGACAUGGUUUCUCGUGGGUACUGGGGAGUUUUCGAUGGAGAUGGCGACACUCACGGCCUUGCCGGAGCCCCUGGAUCCGGUGCGAUCGAGAAAUUAUUCGUGGACUAUCUUGAAUCUCAGAACAAGACUGUUCGAGCAGCUGUCUUCACCGGUGGCAGUGAUUAUGCUAGCUUCAUGUCCACUUUGAACAAGCCUGUCGGUGGCCUUCACACUGGAACCGGUGUUACGGAGGAUGACUGCUAUCAUCAGGCCUGCGAUGUGUUUGGCAACUUCAAUGAGGAACAGAUCACUGUCAAUGCGAAAGCAGCCGCGCAUGUUCUAGCAACACUUGCGAYGGAGGGACAGAAUCUCAUUCCCAAAGGCAAUCGCACUGCGCCUAGAGAUGUCAUGGAUGAGAUCUACAAGCGGGAGGAAUGGUCGAAUGCUACGAUCAUUGACGAUGACUUCUUCCCGUGGACUGUUGUCGAGGGUGAGCGUCACACUGGUACUUGCGGUCACGAUAUCUAA